AUGGUCUCUUGCUGGUUCCCUCUCAAUUGCUGGCUUUCGGCUGCCGCGGCCACUAGGACCCAAGAGCUGCUCUUGUCUGGAAAGUUAAGUGAAUAUAGCGUGUUUGUACCGUUCAGCGCCGAUCAUGAAGGCCGGUUCCUCUCGCACGUGGUGUCCGGACCUGCUGCUUCUGGGAACAGUGCAUUUGGCAGGCCUCCUCUGCCCCCGCCAUCUCCUUCCAGCCGGCACCGGGUGGCCCGAAGCCCUUCCAUCCCCGCAGGAGAGCCGGCUGGCCCCCGCCCGGUGGGGAAGUAUUCCAUCUAUUUCAACGUCACCAUCUUUGGGAAGGAGUUCCACUUACGGCUGAAGCCAAACCGGCGGCUGGUGGUCCCUGGAGCCUUCACACAGUGGCAGGAGGAUUUCUGGGAGUUUUCUCGGGAGCCCCUCCAUCAGGAGUGUGUCUUCACUGGCAGCAUCACGGGCAUGCCAGGCACUGCCGUGGCCAUCAGCAACUGUGACGGCUUGGCUGGCCUAAUCCGUACAGACAGCAGUGAAUACUUCAUUGAGCCUCUGGAGAGGGGUCAGCAGGCAAAGGAGGAGACCGGGCGGGCACAUAUUGUUUACCGCCGGGCAGCCAUCAGGCAGGAGAAAGCAGAACCCCAAGGAGAUCUCCACAAUGAAGACUUUGGUCCCAGGGAGCUCCCCAACCUGCUGGGCUCAGUGGCGGAGCAAUUGGGAGAGGCCCAGCGGAAGCGGCGUCACACCAAGCCGGGUGACUACACCAUCGAGGUGCUGCUGGCUGUGGAUGACUCAGUGGUGCGCUUCCAUGGCAAGGAGCAUGUCCAGAACUACGUCCUGACCCUCAUGAACAUAGUGGAUGAGAUCUACCAUGAUGAAUCCCUGGGGGUGCAUAUGAACAUCGCCCUGGUACGGAUGAUCAUGGUGGGUUAUCGACAGUCUCUGAGCUUGAUUGAGAGAGGGAACCCAUCCAGGAGCCUGGAGCAGGUGUGCCGCUGGGCUCACUCCCAGCAGCGUUCGGACCCUGGCCAUUCUGAGCAUCAUGACCAUGCUGUCUUCCUCACACGGCAGGAUUUUGGUCCCGCAGGAUAUGCGCCGGUUACUGGCAUGUGUCACCCCCUGAGAAGCUGCACCCUUAACCACGAAGAUGGCUUUUCAUCCGCCUUUGUGGUGGCUCAUGAAACUGGCCAUGUGCUAGGAAUGGAGCAUGAUGGCCAGGGGAACCGGUGUGCCGACGAGACGAGCAUGGGGAGUAUCAUGGCCCCACUGGUGCAGGCCGCCUUCCACCGUUACCACUGGUCCCGCUGUAGCAAGCAGGAGCUGAACCGUUACAUACACUCCUACGACUGCCUCCUGGACGACCCCUUUGAGCACCAGUGGCCCCAGCUGCCUGAGCUUCCUGGGAUCGACUACUCCAUGGACGAGCAGUGCCGAUUCGACUUUGGUGUCGGCUAUCAGACCUGCACAGCCUUCAGAACCUUCGACUCUUGCAAACAGCUAUGGUGCAGCCACCCCGACAACCCUUACUUCUGCAAAACUAAGAAGGGGCCGCCCCUGGAUGGGACCGAGUGCGCUUCAGGAAAGUGGUGCUUUAAAGGCCAUUGCAUCUGGAAGACGUCAGAACAGCCCUACGGCCAGGACGGCGGCUGGAGCUCCUGGACCAAAUUCAGCUCCUGCUCCAGGACAUGUGGGGGUGGGGUGCGUUCCAGGAGCCGCAGCUGCACCAACCCACCCCCAGCCUAUGGAGGCCGUCAGUGCCCAGGUUCCAUGUAUGAAUAUCAGAUCUGCAACAUGGAGGAGUGUGGGGGGCCCUACAAGGACUUCCGAGCCCAGCAGUGUGCCAAACGCAAUUCCUACUAUACCCAUAAGAAUGCUCGGCACAGCUGGAUCCCCUAUGAGCAUGACGAUGAGGCCCAGAAAUGUGAAUUGAUUUGCCAGUCUGAAGACACUGGGGAUGUGGUGUUUAUGAACCAAGUCGUCCACGAUGGCACCAGGUGCAGCUACAGGGACCCUUACAGUGUAUGUGCCCGAGGAGAGUGUGUGCCUGUUGGGUGUGACAAGGAGGUUGGGUCCAUGAAGCAGGACGACAAGUGUGGUGUGUGUGGAGGGGACAAUUCCCACUGCCGGACAGUGAAGGGCACCCUGUCCAAGUCCCCCAAGCAGCCAGGUUCGCUCAAACUCUUCCACAUCCCAGCUGGAGCCAGGCACAUUCAGAUCGAAGAACUAGAGAAGGAGCCCCAGACCAUUGCAGUGAAGAAUAAGGCCACUGGGAACUUUAUCCUCAACCCCAAAGGCAAAGAUGCUGAGAAUAGAACCUUCAUUGAGAUGGGUUUGGAAUGGGAGUAUAGUGUGGAGGAUACAAAAGAAGCUCUGAAGACCAGCGGCCCUCUGCCUGAAGCCAUCACUGUCCUGGUCAUAUCCCAAGGGGACAGUGACUCCAGGAGCAGCCUGAUAUACAAGUAUGUGAUCCACGAGGACCUGCUGCCCCUCAUAGGGAGCAACAAUGUGCUCCUAGAAGAGACCGAGGCGUACGAGUGGGCCCUCAAGAGCUGGUCCCCAUGCUCGAAAACCUGUGGAGGAGGUGUCCAAUACACCAAGUACGGCUGCCGGCAGCGGAGCGGCCAUCGCAUGGUACACCGCCACUUCUGUGACCACCAGAAGAAGCCAAAGCCCAUCCGGAGACGCUGCAGCCAGCAAGGGUGUACCCAGCCCUCGUGGGUAGCCGACGAGUGGGGUCCCUGUAGCAAGAGCUGUGGAAAGCUGGGGGUGCAGACUCGGGCCGUCCAGUGCCUCCAGAACCUGCACAAUGGCACCAGCCGGGUCGUGCAUAUCAAGUACUGCCCUGGUGAUCGGCCCGAGGCCCGGAGGCCCUGCCACCGAGUGCCCUGCCCAGCCCAGUGGAGGACGGGGGCCUGGUCUCAGUGCUCAGUCAGCUGUGGGGAAGGCAUCCAGCAGCGCCAAGUGGUCUGCAAGACCAAUGAUAACAGCGUGGGCCAGUGUGAGGGUGACAAGCCAGAGACCGUCCAAGUCUGCAGCCUACCCGCCUGCCCUGGGAAGCUCCCGAGCAUCACGGCAAAGAUGGAGACCAGUGAGCGUGUGACCCCCAAAGGCCAGUGGGCACCCCGGACUGGGCCCCCCAAUCCUGUCAACAAGAUUUCAUCAAAGGAUCCCUGCUUGGGGGACAAGUCUAUUUUCUGCCAGAUGGAAGUCCUGGCUCGUUACUGCUCCAUCCCUGGCUACAACAGGCUGUGCUGUGAGUCCUGCAGCAAGAAGGAGGCUGCCCCCAGCCCCAGCGCGGCCCCCAGCCCGACCUCACUGCUGCCCUUCCUCUCCACACCAGGAGCCUUCCCCCAGAGUCCUGAGACCGGUGUGGUAUCUCCAGGAAUGAACGAGACCCUCCUUACGGCUCCCAGCUCACCAUCCCCAAUGGAAGGGGCAGCCAAUCAACAUCCAGAUGCCAGUGAUCCUGCCCCUGAGCCCCCAGCUCCAACAGACACCAGCCUGUCAGUGACUCAGGACAGGCUUGCUCCACAAAAGCAAACUUGGGGUGCCCUAUGGGCCAGGGCCCCAGGCCCCUGGUGGCUCCCUGCUUCUUGGAUUGAGGUGCCCACCCCCUCUUCCAGUGACCACAGCACUCUGGCCUCUGCCUCUUGGCAGAAGAGGGACAGCAGAAGACCGGAACCCCAAGGCCAGGGCCUCCCAGCGACAUCUCCCAUCACAUGA